UGAAUCCAAUAAAAAAGGACGGAGAGAAGAUCUAUAAAAUGAAGGGUUGCAUUUUUAACAUUGACGCUGGUUAUUUGGAGGGUUUGUGCCGUGGUUUCAAGUGUGGUAUUCUGAAGCAAUCAGAUUACUUGAACUUGGUGCAAUGCGAAACAUUGGAAGAUUUAAAACUUCACCUACAAGGUACCGAUUAUGGUACCUUCCUUGCCAAUGAACCAAGUCCACUCUCCGUCUCAACAAUCGAUGACAAGCUGCGCGAGAAACUUGUCAUUGAGUUUCAGCAUCUCAGGAACCACUCAGUCGAGCCUCUCUCCACAUUCCUGGAUUUCAUCACUUACAGUUACAUGAUUGACAACAUCAUCUUGUUGAUCACUGGCACUCUGCACCAGAGGCCAAUCUCUGAAUUGAUCCCCAAAUGUCAUCCUUUGGGAUCCUUUGAGCAAAUGGAAGCUAUUCAUGUGGCUGCUACACCUGCUGAGUUGUACAAUGCUGUCCUUGUAGAUACUCCUCUCGCUCCAUUUUUUGUGGACUGCAUCAGCGAGCAGGACUUGGAUGAAAUGAACAUUGAGAUCAUUCGUAACACCCUCUAUAAGGCAUACUUGGAAGCCUUCUAUGACUUCUGCAAGAAAAUUGGGGGCUCCACUGCUGAUGUCAUGUGUGAAAUUCUUGCUUUUGAAGCUGACCGUCGUGCCACCAUUAUAACCAUCAAUGCUUUUGGUACCGAGCUAUCCAAGGAUGACCGUGCCAAGCUCUAUCCUCGCUGUGGUAAACUGAAUCCUGAUGGCCUGGCUGCCCUGGCAAGAGCUGAUGACUAUGAGCAGGUUAAGGCAGUUGCUGAGUAUUAUGCUGAGUAUUCUGCACUCUUUGAAGGAGCAGGCUCCGGUGUCGGAGACAAGACACUGGAAGACAAACUAUUUGAACACGAGGUGAACCUGAAUGUGAAUGCAUUCCUGCAACAAUUCCACUUUGGGGUGUUCUAUGCAUACCUCAAGCUUAAAGAGCAGGAGUGCCGAAACAUUGUGUGGAUCAGUGAAUGCGUCGCCCAGAAACAUCGUGCAAAAAUUGACAACUACAUUCCCAUUUUCUAAGAUACAUGUUAUGAAUUGCAUGACAUUCUUAGAAUUUAUUCAUAUACUUUAUGUUCUGUUCAUUAAAUGAAAGAAUCCGUGUACAAAGUACUUUUACCCAGGUUAAAAAAUCAGUUAAGUCGAAAAUUUGAACUAGACAAAUUGAGAUUAUUCUUCAGUUAAAUUCAUAAACAUCAGUAACUUACGCAUCUGAUUUAAGAUAUAAUUGCAGAUGCAAAGAAUAGUGUAUGGGAUGUUAUAAUGUAAUUUUUAAGGACAUUAAAUUGUUCCAUUAUAAUCAGUACUCUUAAUAAAAAUGUUUACUGUACAUAGCAUCAAGUUAUAUUUAUAGUAAAUUUCGUUUUCAUAUAGUUUCAAAAAGUUACUGUUUUGCCAUUUGUGGGAGUAGAUGGCUUUACACUAGUGUUAAAUACAUUUAUUUUUAUAUCAAAUAUGCCUCAUGUUCCCAACUUACAACUUUAAAGGCAUCUUGAUAACUACCAUUGUUAUUGAUAAUUACUAUUUAUAUUAAUGUAUGUAAGAGUAUUAUUUGAAUUACAAAUUGCUUUUUCUGUUUAAUUUGGUUAUGGAACUGGAAAAGUAUUUUGGA